AUGUAUUCGCUGCCACUAUGGUCGUGGCUAGCCAUCGUAACUGUGUUCCUGGUGGCUGGAGAGGUGCAGAGCCAAGCCAGAUCUACGACCUCGUCGGUGGGUGAGAAGACUGAGUUCAAGCAGGGCUUGAUCACCGGUGAAAAGGUUCGAUGGGAAAAGCAGCAGAGCCCCUAUCUGGUACGCAGAGAUAUCAUCAUCGGAGAAGAUGGAGAGCUGAUCAUCGAGCCUGGUGUCUCGGUGUUUUUGCACCAACUGUUGGAAUCACUGUUUAUGGA